GACCGUCGCGUCCCUGACCUCCGGUACGCGCCGUCCUCUGACACAGGCUCCACUUGUUGUCAUCCAGCGGGGAAACAUGUCGUCCAAAUUACUGGCCUAUGUCUCACUUCUGUCUGUCCUACACGCCUGCUCUCGAACACUCGAUUACGAAGGGGACUACGAGGAUGUCACUGUGAACCAAAUGCUGGCUCCCAAAUCGCAAGAAACCGACGCCACGGAAAUACUCAACAAUUUACUGAAAGAAUAUGAUAAUAAACUGCGACCGGACAUAGGUGUUAAACCAACUGUCAUAGAUGUCGACAUAUUUGUGAACAGCAUCGGACCAGUGUCAUCAAUAAAUAUGGAAUACCAAAUCGACAUCAUCUUUGCCCAGACGUGGACAGACAGCCGUCUCAGAUACAACAGCACGAUGAAAAUACUGACUUUGAACAGCAAUAUGGUUGGACUUAUCUGGCUACCAGACACCAUCUUCAGAAACUCCAAGAAUGCAGAUUCCCACUGGAUUACAAUGCCUAACCAGCUGCUCAGAAUAUGGAAUGAUGGGAAGAUACUUUACACCUUAAGACUGACAAUAAACGCAGAAUGCCAGCUGCAGCUGCACAACUUUCCAAUGGACGAGCACUCCUGCCCGCUCAUCUUCUCCAGCUAUGGAUACCCACAAGAUGAGAUGAUUUACAAGUGGAGGAAGAACUCUGUGGAGGCGGCUGACCAAAAGUCCUGGCGUCUCUACCAGUUUGAUUUUAUGGGCCUGAGAAACACUACAGACAUUAUAAAGACUACUGCAGGGGACUAUGUGGUGAUGACAGUGUACUUUGACCUGAGUAGAAGAAUGGGCUACUUCACCAUCCAGACUUACAUCCCCUGCAUCCUCACCGUGGUCCUCUCCUGGGUGUCCUUCUGGAUCAAAAAAGACGCCACACCAGCCAGAACGGCUUUAGGUAUAACCACAGUGCUGACUAUGACUACGCUCAGUACUGUGGCUAGGACGUCACUACCCAGAGUGUCUUAUGUCACUGCCAUGGACCUUUUUGUUACUGUCUGCUUCCUGUUUGUCUUUGCUGCUCUGAUGGAGUAUGCAACAUUAAAUUACUACUCAUACAGCGCCAGAAGACCCAGCUGCAUGGAACCUAAAAGAUCGAACUACUCUGUCCUGGAUGUACGACCUCCACACACAGUCAUCGCUUUCAACAACUCGAUGUACUGGCAGGACUUUGAGGAUGCUUGUGUCUACGAGUGUCUGGAUGGAAAAGACUGCCAGAGCUUCUUCUGCUGCUUUGAGGAGUGUAAAGAAGGUGCAUGGAGAAAAGGACGUGUCCACAUAGAUCUACUUGAAUUGGACGCAUAUUCACGCGUCUUUUUUCCCACCUCCUUCUUACUGUUCAAUGUCGUCUACUGGGUGGGAUAUCUCUACCUUUAGCACACUGCACGAGCCUGUUUGGUUUCAAAAGGAGGACGGCACAAUAUAACAGAAGAAAUUUCAGAUCGAUAAAAGGUAACACCACAUAAACUAUUUCCUGUGGUACCUGAAGCAGUUACCUGGAGAUGAAGACACAGUAUGUGUCUGGAGGCCUGUGCCAAGCAGGGCGGUAGGGAGGACGGGAUGGACU